AUGGUGGUUGACGAGAAUGCGGACGACAAGAGUCCAAAGCAUAACCCUAACCAUGAUGCCGAACAUACGCCCCCCUUAAAGUGUCUUAGUCUCGGCGGCAGGCACAAUGUUUUCGGCAGGGCAGCUUUCAGGAGGACUGCAAGCCAAGAAUAUUGCUCGACGCUAAGUUCCAUUUUCAGAAGGACAAAAACUACGUCACAAAUUACUGAGAAAACAGAAAAUGAAGAAGAAUGCCAGGUACGAGUCUUGGACAAGCCAGACAAGUGGUGUAUCUAUAGGGUUCCCAGUAAACUCCGCAAAGUAAAUGAAGCAGCGUACACUCCUCAAUUACUAUCAAUUGGCCCUUUCCACCAUGGCAAACCUGAACUCAAGGACAUGGAGACCCAUAAAAAGAUAUACUAUGAGAAUUUUCUUGCACGUUUUAAGAAGAGUGACGAUGAACUAAAGCAAUUCAUCAAGACUCACCAAGAAAAUAUUAUUCGUUGUUACGCAGGGACCAUUGAGCUUAACAAAGACUUCGAAAAGAUAAUUGCCGUUGAUGCGUGCUUCAUCAUUGAGCUAUUUUUAAUGAACUUCAACAAUCCAGAAAAUCAUGAAAAUGAUUAUAUAUUGAGAUCACCAUGGCUGAGGAAAGCUGUAGAGCAGGACUUGAUACUGUUUGAAAAUCAGCUUCCUUAUUCUCUUCUUCAAGAACCAUAUCAGAACUUUGCUGUGCCUCCCUCUUCCAAUUUCCAACCUUGGAAAGAAGUACAAGAACAGGCUGAGAGACAGAGCAGUACCAAUCAUGACUUUCCACACUGCUCGCCUUGCUGCCGGCAUUGCUUGCCUUGCUGCUGGUGGAUUCCUUCCAAGGAUCAUUCUAUAGAGAUUGUACAAGUCGAACCUGAUAAUGAUGAUCCCCUGCUUAAGCUUACCUAUGAGUUCUUCAAAGAUUAUAGUAGGGGAAAAUCCGUCAAGAAUGGAGUAAGACCGAAACAUUUCACUGAUUUGGUUAGGCAUUUUCUACGUCCUGACAAAGAAAUGUUUUUAUACCCAAACAAGCCUUAUAUCUGCAAUUACUUUUUGCUUAUGGAUCAACUUGUGGACAUUGUGGAAGAUGUGGAUUUGCUGGUUGAGAACAAAGUUAUUCUUAACAUGCUAGGCUGCAAUGAAGCAGUGGCGAAAAUGGUUAAUAGACUUUGCGAGCAGAUCAUGGACGAUAAAUCCUGCUAUUUUGAUAUCUGUGAGCAGCUUAAUAAGCACCAUGAGAAUUUUUGGAACCUUCAUGUCGCAACUCUGAAAUGA